AUGUCUUUAAAGGCCGACAUAAGGAUAUCGAAUUUACGUUGUACAACCAAAAAUGAGAGUUUGGGUAAAUUUCAAAUGUGCUCCCUGAAAGCUGUCAAACGGAAUGUUGUCGAAAUCAAUGUACACUUUGAACUGUUUAAGAAGCCAGUUAAGCAGGCAGAUUUUUUAUUACGUUUCAAAAAACGCGGUGAUAUUGGCGGAAAGGCUCUCUAUCAGUACAAAGUUGAUUUGUGUGAAUUUCUGAAUAGCGAUCGUCGCAAACCAUUGGCAAAUUUAUUCUAUAACUUUUUUGAACUGCAACGCUAUUCCAAUCUGAAUCACUCCUGCCCUUAUGAUCAUGAUAUAAUUGUAAAGGGUUGCCGUCUGAACGCUAAAUUAUUACAAGUUCUGCCAAUUCCGCCCGGCGAAUAUUCAAUUUGGACAAGUUGGAUUAUUUUUGGUCGUCAAAUUGCAGAAGUUGAAGUUGCUUUAAAAUAUGAAUAA